AUGCCUCUAUAUCAGCCGCCCAACGUGCACGCCCCCGUGCUUUCUCAAUUUUCUCUCGAGGGGCAGAUCGCCAUUGUCACCGGUGGCUGCCGAGGUAUCGGCCUAGAGGUUGUUAGGGGCCUCGCGGAAGCCGGAGCCGAUGUCGCCGUGAUUUACACUUCCAGUACCAGUGCCCCAGAGACUGCUACCCAGUUGGCCGCCGAAACGGGAAGAAGGAUCGAGGCGUUCUGUUCUGACGUUACAAAGCGUGCCGAGAUCGCCGCGACCAUCAAUGAGAUUACAGAGGGCUUUGGCAAAGGCCGCCUGGAUGUUGUGAUCGCCAAUGCCGGAACCUGUACCAACCGGCCCAACCUUGAAUACGACGAAGAAAGUUUUGCUCGAGACAACCGAGUAAACUAUGAGGGUGUUAUGUGGACUGCCCAAGCCGCGGGUAAAAUCUUCCGAAAGCAGGGCAAGGGUAACUUGAUUAUCACAGCCUCUGUGAGCGCUAUCCUCGUCAACAUUCCCCAGACCCAAGUCGCCUACAACGCCUCCAAAGCAGCAGCAGUGCACCUGGCAAAGAGCCUAGCAGUCGAGUGGACCGACUUUGCUCGAGUGAACUGCGUUUCCCCUGGUUUCAUCCUUACUGAGAUGCUUACUCAACAGCCGAAUGAACUGUUUGAAAAAUGGCUUUCCCUGAUCCCCGGAGGUCGAAUUUGUGAUCCAGCUGAGCUUAAGAGUGCCUAUGUCUUCCUUGCCAGUGAUGCAUGCUGUUACAUGACUGGAUCAAACGUCAUCAUUGAUGGUGGCUAUACAUUGCCUUGA